GCUCUUGACAACACUCUCGCUCGCAUAAUCUGAUUGGCGCGCCAUUGGAGGCGCGAACGCGAUUCUCGCUGUAGCUUUGCUGCAAAGGCCGGGGAGCGUUUCUCUCCGACUAGGAGCGAGCGACAGCAAGCGAUGGCCGCAAGAGAAGAAGCAACCGCUCCAGGCAUCGAUGCGAGAACGUUUUACAGGCGCUCGUGCGUGCCCGAAGUUUCGCAGCCGGUCACGGGCCUGCUACGCGGUGAGCUGCCAACUUGGCUUCGAGGUAGGCUUUUACGGAACGGUCCGGGAUUGUCUUCGAUCGGCCCAGACCACUACAACCAUGUAUUCGACGGUCCCGCACUGUUGAGGCAGUUCACCAUAGAGAAUGGCCGAGUGGUUUACCAGAACCGCUUCCUGCGAACCGAAGCAUACGUACGCAACCGGAGGGCCAACAGAAUCGUCGUCUCCGAGUUUGGAACCGCGGCGCACCCUGACCCUUGUGCCACCGUAUUCGAACGGGUGGCGUCGUAUUUCUCCAUGGACACCACGGACAACGCUCUGGUGAACGUGAUGCCCGUGGGCGACGAGGUGUACGCCAUGACGGAGACAUGUCACAUGACUCGAGUAGACCCUGCGUCGUUGGAGACUAUGGAGAAGAAAACCUUGAGUAAAAUGGUGGCUGUGCACAGUGCCACCGCCCACCCACAUUUGGACCCCGACGACGGCGCUACGUACAAUAUCGGUACACACGUAGGUGCGCGUCAUUCCUUCGUGCUUGUGCACUUUCCUCCCGGCGGAUCCGAAAGCUCGGUGGAUCGUGUCAGAGCCGUGGGCACGAUAUCGUUGCAAUCUCGCAUAUCCGUGCCAUACAUCCACAGUUUUGGAAUGACCGAAAAGUGGGUGGUCGUGCUGGAGCAGUCUCUUUCCAUGCACCUGCCUUCCAUGUUAGCGACGAAGUACCUGGGCUACAAGGCGCACAUGAACUCCCUGAAUUUCGAUGCCCAGAAGAACGUCCGCUUUCACGUGAUGAACAAGAAAACGGGGGAGCUUCACCCCGCCGUGUUUGAGUCCGCCGCAUUUUUCACUUUCCACCACAUCAACGCCUUCGAGCAGGGCGACGAGAUCGUGGUCGACCUAAUAUGCUUCGCCGACGACAGCAUCAUCAGGUCCCUCGACUACACGGUGGAAAAGCCCGUCGUGUUCAAAAUGGGACAAAUGCGUCGUUUUUCACUGCCUCUGAAGCGAGACCCGGGAGAGCGUGUGAUCAUCGAGUCCCGGGAACUAGCCAUGGGCAAGCUGCGCGGGGAACUUCCUAGAAUCAACCAAAGCCGCAAUGGGAAACCAUACAAGUAUUGCUACAGCCUCAGCAACGUCGAAGGCAAAGAACACAUGGCAUUCGUCUCCAAGCUUGACGUCACUACGGGUGAUUGGCUGCGCUGGGAAAGGCAAGGAUGGUUCCCCUCAGAACCUGUCUUUGUAGCGCGUCCAGGCUCUGUUGAGGAAGACGAUGGUGUCGUCCUGAGCUCCCUUUUGCACGAGGAGAACGAGAAGCUCGCUCUGGUGGUAUUGGACGCGAAAACAUUCGAACAACUGGCCCUUGCCGAGUUUGACUGCCCGUCCUCAAUUCCGGCGGAUUUUCACGGAUGGUUUCUUGAGAUGCAGGCUUAAAAAGCGAAUUAAACUGCUAUACAGGAUAAAUUUUAUGUUUCACGGAAUUUUUAAAUAUAGCCUUUUGCAGAUUACAUAAAUAUGAUCCUUGAGCUGAAAUAUUCAGAGAGGCGGACAUUACUCGCACGAUAAUUCGAAACAUCUAUUGAAUUAAUUCACGAAACAUCACUAAUUAAUUUCUGAAUUACGGCACAAUUUACGAUUUGUAGCAGAUAAGCUUUCAAGGCGUAUCCACUUGGAACGAAUUUCCAGAAUGACGCCAGUUUGGAUAUAUGCGCUAUCAAUCAAACUCCCCGUAAAAAAGCACUGCCGUUCCAAUUACUUUUUUAAUAAAAAGCCAUUUUUUACACUGAAGCACAAAAGUAACUGGAGCGCCCAUGUAUCUCGUACUACGCUUUAGGAAAUAUUAAACCGAAACUGGUAUCAUCUUGGAAGAUUAUUUCAAGUGGAUACGCCCUGCAAGCUCAACGGCUGCAAUUCGUAAGUUGCAACAUGGGUCGUAAAGUAAAUAAUUAAGAAAGUAUUAAUAAUUUUGGUAAUUAGUUCAAUGUGUGUUUCGAUUUCUCAUGCUAGUAAUGUCCGCCACUUCGAAUAUUCCAGCUCAUCGACCAGAAUUAUACUAUGUGCAACAGGUGAUUAUUAAAAAUUGCGUAAAAUUUAAAAAUGAUUACAAUGUAUAUUUUUCAAACACAUAGUUUAGGCUUAUUUUAGCACUGUACAAGACUACCCAAUGAAAUAAAGUCAU